GACCAAAACUCGUCAGUCGUUUUCAUUGCUUUUAUAUUAUUUUAAUACCGGUUUUGAUGUGAGAGUCGAGAGUGGAUCCACUCGUUUGUUACCAAAACAAACAAUCCCUCCAAGACUUUUGUCUCACAUUUGUUUUAUUUAUUUAUUUUUAUUCAGUUUUUUAUCCGAAAAUUCUGAUCCGAAGAAGACCUCCCGUCUGAAAGAGUGGGCCACAAAUUGUCCGCAAUUAUUGCAUCUCAAGACAUGUCAAACAUUGACACUAAAUUGGCGUUCAUUUGACGAUCACUUGUGGACGAACAUCGGUGACCGCAAUGGACUCGAAUCGGAGCGCAUUUGUCGGCCAAGAUGUGUGCUUCAACUGGACUGAUGUGACCAAAGAUUUUUGGGAAUCGACUGAAGAGCUCAAAUGCGGACAACUAUUGCACGACGAAUUGUUCGGUCUUUUCGAGGCCAUGUCGGCCAUAGAGAUGAUGGAUCCCAAAAUGGACGCCGGAAUGGUCUCCAAUCAGACCAAUAAAAAAGUUUUAAAUUUUGAACAAUCAAUCAAAGCCAACAAAAUCAAGUUAAAGGACUUCACAUUAGAGGAACAGUUGGGUAUCAUAGACGAGACACUGUCUACUUUGAUCACGUGGUUUGAAGGACAUUCAUUAGCUCAGACUGUCUUUAUUAACCUUUAUCUCCACAAUCCGUCACUGAUUAUUGACAAAACACUUCGUUUCUUCUGCAAAAUUGUUCUGAAAUUAAUUGAUUCAAUUCGAGAAUUUGUCUCAAAAGCUCAAGUCUUUGAAGAAGAAGACUUUCAACCCGUUGUUUACGGCUAUAAUUUGGCCAAUGAUUUAAGUGACUCAAAGGCCUGUUCUAUCAUUAGAGAAGUGGACGAAGAGUUGUCUAAAAAGACAAAAUUACUUCAAAAAUCUUUGGAUAAAAAUACAGAAUCUGAGAGCAAUAAACAAGACGUUGAGUGUCAUCGACUUACUUGUGGUCUUCAUAAUCGAAUCAAAUUCUUUAGGUAUUUGUUUCAAACAUUAUACUCAUUAAAGAAGGCUUCAUACCUGAAGACAGCAAAUCGUAAAUCUAAUGCAAAUAUUGAUAAACAGCUCUCAGAAGAUAUUGAAAAAUACUUAAACCAUUGCAGUGAAUCACUUCUCAUUUGGCGACAAACCAUCGAUUGUGGAAUCAAACCAGAAUCAGGUAUCACUAGUGGACAUAAAGCUGAUUAUCCGACAAUUGUUGGCUUUGAGCCAUUGGUUAAUCAGCGACUACUUCCGCCCACAUUUCCUCGCUAUACGAGAAUGAAGAGCCGUUUAGAGGCGUUAGAGUUCUCGGAACAACUGAUCCAACGACUGAAACGUGUGACCAAAAUUUAUGAGUGUUCAUCAUAUGAGAUGGCAUUGGCCUUCUUCAACCACUUUAGCCAAAACAUUCCCAACUCAUGUGUGCUCUCUCGCUCCAUACUUCAGGUUCUUUAUUUACCGCAACCGAGUCUCGUGUUUGGAACCAGUCAUUUGGCACAAGUGGUGCGCGACUCGUGUAAACAGUUCAUAAAACCGCCGUCUCUUUGUACUAAAAGCGCCUUAAUUAACAACAAUUCAACCGCUUAUUUAUUUUUGGACAACUUCUUUCAUCACGCCGUCAGACCGAUGGCCACAUUAACUCAGAUUUGUGGACACAAUAGGGCCCGACAAAGGGAAAAGUUGGCACAAAUUCUCGAAGAGCUAACCACUCUACAGGAUGAGGCCGAUAGAGUAGACAACUAUUUGAAUGUAAUUACACAGAAUAGCGAUCCGCCGACCAGUCAUAUCGGUUACUAUACUUCUUGGGUUUUGUAUCAUAUCCUCCGAACUAUGACUCAAUAUCUGUUGUCUGGUUUCGAGUUAGAGCUCUAUUCCUUACAUGAAUACCAAUACAUGUUUUGGUAUUUAUAUGAGUUCCUCUAUGGUUGGAUUGUGUCAACACUUAACAGAGCCAGCAAUUUGAUUCUUGAACAAGAAGCUUUGGCCGAUCAAAUACAACAGCAAACAAAAGGAAAAAGUAAGAAAAUUCGGCCAAAGAAACGWAAACAAAGACCUCAUUAUCAGGAGAUACUUAUUUAUCAGUCAUUACAACAUCUGAAUAAUGGCUUCUAUAAAGCCAUUUGUGGCUUUAAAAAUGAUGGCAAACUUCCGACACCUCAAUCAGCAUUAAAUACCGAAGAAAUUCGUUAUGAACACCGAUUUAUGCCGUUCCGCAGCGUUAUAGCUCCGCCACCCGUCCCUUAUAUUCAAUAUAAAGAUAUGACUAGAAAUGUGUUGCAACAGACACCGGGAGAACUCUAUCUAUUGUCGUGUAAAAGCUUUCAACAGACAAAAGCUUUGCUCGAAACCAUUUCUGAUCCAAAAUCUGAAGUUAUGUCGUAUAUAAAAAUAGCGAAAACUAAUUUCGUUGUAAUGAAGUUAUUAUUAAGUGGUCACCAAACAGAUUCUCAGAAAUGUCCGGAAUUUGACUUUUCAGUCAACCCUUUCUUCCCGUUAAUUAGUAUUUAUAAAAAAUGA